AGAAAAGUACAGCCAAAGUUGUUGUCCAAGGUAUCAGCUGGAACCCUCUUCUUCUUUCUUUAAACUAAUUUACUAAUUUAAUUAAUUAUUAAUCCUUCUUCCACACUAAUUAGGACAAUAAAUAAUCUAUAAAAUAUGUUUUCUAAUCUCUAUUGUCUUCUAGAUUUCUCUCUUCUUCACAAUUAUAUUCUUCCUUCCUUUCUGAAAAAUUCAUCACAAAUCAAGAACCAAUAAACACCCUUUUCCUCUUCCUUGAUUUUUUUUUUUUUCAAGAAACACCCUUUUGAUAAAAAUUAUGUUUUCAGUAGUUUCUAGUGGAAACCCAUUAUUCCAUAAUGUCCAAAAUUCAAGAAAAAUGCAAUCUUUAUCGUGUUGUCACCAGCAAAAUCCUUCCACCAAUGUUCAAAAUUUCAGAAAGAAGCAAUCUUUUUCAUGUUGUCAGCAGCAUAAUCCUUGUGCCAUGAUGUUUUCAGUUGUUUCCAGUGGAUACCCUUUAUUGGUCAAUGUCCAGAAUUCAAGAAAAAUGCAAUCUUUUUCGUGUUGUAAGCACCAAAAUCCUUCAACCAAGAACACCCUUUUGCCUAAUGUCCAAAAAUUGAGAAAGUUGAGAUCUUUUUCAUGUUGUAAGCAGCAAAAUCCUUGUACCAUGAUGUUUUCUGUUGUUUCGAGUGGAAACCCUUUAUUGCCCAAUGUCCAAAAAUUGAGAAAAAUGCAAUCUUUAUCAUGUUGUCAACACAAAAAUCCUUCCACCAUGAUGUUUUCAGCUGUUUCUAGUGGAUACCCUUUAUUGGUCAAUGUCCAAAAUUCAAGAAAAUGGCAAUCUUUUUCAUGUUGUAAGCAGCAAAAUCCUACCAUCAUGAUGUUUUCAGUAGUUUCUACUGGAUACCCUUUUUUGCCUAAUGUCCAAUAUUCAAGAAAAAUCCAAUCUUUGUCAUGUUGUAAGCAGCAAACUCUUUCCAUCAAGAACACCAUCAACAAACCAUGGAAGCCCAAAACUCACUUGAUAGAGAUAUUAAUACCCCAACAAGUUGAGGAAGUUGAGAAAGUUAAUUAUCCUCCUAAUAAGGCUAAGAAAAAAGUGUUGUUUGAGGAGAAGAAUGGUUUUUUUUCUCAACAUAUGGCAAUUUUGUGUGGGGUUGGGUAUUGGGUACAGGGGUUUAGGUGUUUUCCAUGGUUAGCUCUGAACUUUCAUAUGGCUAAUGGAAUGAAUAUGCAUCCAUCAACACUGCAGCUUGUACAGAAUUUUGGUUGUUUGCCUAUGGUUGCUAAGCCUAUUUAUGGAAUUUUGUCUGAUGCUGUUUAUAUUGGUGGUGCUCAUAGAAUACCUUAUAUUUCCCUAGGAGUUCUACUCCAGGUUUUGGCAUGGGGUCAAUUGGCAUUAAUCUCUUCUGCAAGUGAAGCUCUUCCUACUCUUAUGGCAUGUGUUCUUCUUAGCAACGUUGGAGCGUCCAUCACAGAAGUUGCCAAAGAUGCUCUAGUGGCUGAAUAUGGUCAAAGAAACAGAAUGCAGGGUCUACAGUCUUAUGCAUUUAUGGCUUCGGCUGCUGGUGGAAUUUUAGGUAACUUGAUCGGAGGAUAUUUCCUACUCAAAACACAGCAGCCUAAAUUAAUGUUUCUAGCUUUUUCCUCUCUGCUUGCGCUGCAACUAGCCGUAACUUCAGCAACCAGAGAAGAGUCCCUUGGUUUGGCCCAAUCAUCAAAUUAUUCUGUUAGGGAGCCAAUUACGGAAAUAUUUAAGAAACAGUAUUCGGAUCUUAUGGUUGCAGUUAAAGAAGAAAGUAUUUAUCGUCCUCUUAUAUGGAUUGUUAUGUCAAUUUUAGGAGUCCCGCUCCUCUCCGGAUCUAUAUUUUGUUAUCAGACACAAUGUCUAAAUCUUGAUCCAUCAGUUAUAGGGAUGUCAAAGGUGAUAGGCCAACUGAUCCUUCUUUCUUUGACAGUCUUGUAUGACCGGUUUGGCAAAAGGGUUCCGAUGAGAAAACUGAUUGGCAUUGUGCAGAUCACAUAUGCUGCUUCUCUUCUUCUCGACCUUGUACUUGUUAAGCAGCUUAACCUCAAAUUGGGAAUUCCGAAUGAAUGGUUUGCUCUCUGCUUCUCCGGUGUAGCAGAAACUAUUGCAAUAUUUAAGCUCUUGCCAUUCCAUGUGCUGUUUGCAAGUUUGGCUCCAUCCGGAUGUGAAGGAUCUCUCAUGUCUUUCUUGGCAUCUGCUCUGUGUUUUUCGUCAAUAUUAAGCGGGGUUUUGGGUGUUACCUUGGCUUCUUUCCUUGGUAUAACAUCCGGUAACUACUCGAGUCUGCAUAUUGGAAUUCUUAUCCAGUUUGUUGCGGCGUUACUGCCGCUGGGAUGGCUCAGUUAUGUCCCUUUGGCUCAACCUGCAGCUGAAAAGGGAAGGAAGAGAGGUCAAAGUAAAAGAACGAGAAAAUAUAGAAGGGUAGGGAGAGUAGUUGUUGAGUCGUUCUAUUCUUAUAGACGCAAAAGAGAAUCUGAUUUAGAUGAGAAUACACUGCUGGCUAAAUGAUCAGUCUGCUUCAAGAAAUUUGCUCAUCUCCUUGUUCCAACCAUGAGGAAAUGAGGAUGAGAACGGAACAACUCCUGACCAGUCUCCGGUACACUAACUCACCUCUUGCAGUGAUCUUGAUCUCAAUUGUUUCGUGACAAGUUGCAACGCUGCAGUUUGUUUCUCGGCUAUGUUUGGACUUUCAAGAGGUGUAUCUUUUAUAGGGCAGAUUGAAUGAGGACGCUGUAGCGUAUCCACAUUGUGUAAACUGUUGCCUCGGAGGGGCAAGAGAGGGGUCUUUUCAAGAUCUCCACAGGCAGUUCUCACUGAUCAGAAGCUGGUUUCGAGUACUAUUUCUGCAAUGGAGGGCUAGAGGCAGGGGUAAGGUCUGUGUACGUCCUAUCCUUUCCAGACUCCACUUGUGGGAUUACGUUGGGUAUGUUGUUGUUGUUGUAGACCUUGUCCAAAGGAAAAGAAGUAAGAAACAAACAAAAGGAAACAUGAUUUUGAGCUCCAAAAAGUCUCAACAUUCGGUGAUUUCUUUUCAUCUGUCUAGCCUAUGGUGUCAGAGUUACUCAAUAGUUGUACUGGCGGAGGGUAGUAUGCCCUUUUGAAAUAGUCGAGGUGCACGGAAGCUGGUUCGAGUGUGACAUAAUAAAAGAAAGAGAGAGGAAAGGGUGCUUGUAAAGCUACUAAUCAAUGAAUAAAUAAGUAACUUUUAACAUAA